GGAACGUUCAUGCUCGUUCUCACACUGCAUGUGACCGCCGGGGCAUGAACACGCGCGUAUCGUAAUCGGCCGAAUCGUUUUUUUUUAUUUUAUUUUAAUUGUCCACGACCAAGUGCAAUCGACAGCAGUUUCGUUAUUUUCGUACAUUGCCGUUGUACUACGCGAUCGCGCGAAUUUGUGCCACGCCGCCAUAGCGAAACGCAGAAAAUAGUGUGGCGUCGACGAAUCUGUGAACCGUCGCCGAGUACCGAUCACCGGAGCUCCAAGCCCCCACGACUCGUGCUAUUUUUAAUGUUUUAUACCAAUUGUGGAAGUGAGGAUGGAUAUUCGAAACGAGAUGGGUCUUCAGUUUUUAGAUUUACAUGAUUUAACUGACAAUGAUAAGCGUCACAUUAUUACCAUUCUUAAAGCUGACGCUACUGAAGCCUUGAAACUACCAUGGGACGCUAAAGAUAUAGAAGGUAACAACAAUAAUGUUAAUUCUGUCACAGUAACAGAAGUACCUGAACUUCAGCAACAUCAUUGGUACAAUGCCAUACCACCGCCCACUUAUCCGCAACAGAUGAUGACGCAAAUGUGUAAUGAGUGGCAAGCACCAAUGUACAAUGUUCCCGCGAAUGGCCACAUGCCGCCGUUUAUGGCGUAUGCUCAUCCCGGAUACAAUAUCAGCACUGAAAUUCAAGAAAUGAACUAUAAUAGGGAGAAUGGGCGCCGCAACAAUCGGGGCAGAGGAGGUAUAAGGAGAGAUAACUACAAUCGAACGAUUAAUCCCGCUAACGAAAUGCAAUCUGGAUACAUGGGCGAUCAGGCGCAAUAUCAUCCGCAGAUACCGAUCAUGUACAUUUAUCCUGAUCAUUCCGUCUCUACGCAACAGCAUCAAGUUGCUACUGGACAAAUCUAUUACACACAGCCAAUGUAUUCAACGAUUCCUCAUCCGCAUCCAAAUGCGCAAUCGAUUUCAUCCAAUUCGCACACAGUGCACCCAACUUAUUCUCAAACACCGAAUCCUCAAGCACCGCAGGUAAACAGAUGCGUGCGACAAUCACAAUCUGUGCCACCUCAACAACCAAGUCAGGAACCUGCAAAACAACCGGUCGUUAAAUCGCACGACAAACAAAUACAAAGCACAUCUGAUAAAUUAACGCAACAAGUAAAUGAAACAAACUCCUCGCCAAGUAACGUUGUUAGCACCGUUAUUGUUACUAACCCUACUUCAGAAGCCUCUGUGAAAAACGUAAACGAAAACACUGCCAAUAGACAAAAUGUUACUAGCAGUGAAAAGGUCGAUUCAAAGCUCCAACACAAUAUUUCAUGGGCUGUAAACGAGAAUUGUAAUGGCACAGAAAAAGUGAUGCCAUGUGUAAAUACUAACAAUGACGUUAAGGAGAACCAAAAUAAUGAGUCAGAUAAGAAGUUUACAAAUGAAACUGUACCCAAUAUCACAACGAAUGCUGUAAAAACUUCGCCUAAACCGAUCUCCAUUAGGAUAGACAAGAGUGAAGCGCAGAUUGAAGAAAAUGUUGCACUAAAAGACACCGAAGAUAAGACUAUUACUAAAACGCCAAACGGUUCCCCAUCCAUGCCAAAUGGAUCGUCAACCACACCAAAUACUUCACCAUCAUCUACAUCUGAAACAUCACCUGCAACUACAAUCAGCAGGUCCUAUGCUAGUCUUUUCAGGAAAGACAGCACAUUAGAGACACCUACUGCGACCGCCAGCACGCUUAAUUGCAAUACGUCGUGCAAACCCACAGAACAUGUAGCUCAUCAAAAUGAAUCACCAAAAAUGCCUGUCCAAAAGGAACCAACUAGCCCUAUUUGCACACCAGAGAGCCAAAAUGAUUCAUCUAGUGCACCAACUUUACAGAAUGGCAUAUUACAAAACUGUUACGAUGAUCCUAAUACAUACAGGAUGGGUGAAUUUUUGUCAAGUUAUCAAAUGGACAAGCAAACAGUCAGCUUAUUACCGAGAGGAUUAACAAAUCGCAGCAAUUAUUGUUAUAUUAACAGCAUCUUACAAGCUUUACUUGCUUGCCCACCAUUCUAUAAUCUUCUUACAGCUUUACCGCUUCCUAAAAACCGAGGCAGAAAUUCAGCUACACCUUUGAUUGAUAACAUGGUCAAGUUUGUUCGUGAGUUUUCACCCUUGACGGAGGCUGCCCGUAUGCCCAGAAAAGAUAGAGUUCAUAAACGAGGAGAAGAUACUGUCAUGGAUAUAUACAGUGGCAUUGCGUUUGAACCAUCAUAUGUAUAUACAAUGUUAAAGAAUGCUUCGGCUGCUGGUGCCUUUUCUGUGGAAGGACGGCAGGAAGACGCAGAAGAAUUCUUGUCAUGUCUUCUAAAUGGAAUCAAUGAUGAAAUGCUAGAGUUGAUAAAAUUGGUCAGCAAUGAUCAAAAUGCAAUCAGUAAUGCGAAAAAUGUCAGCAACGAACAUGAUGAGGAAGAGUGGCAGGUAAUGGGACCAAAAAAUAAAGGUGCUGUCACGCGGUGUACAGAAUUUGAAAGAACCCCACUGUCCGAUAUCUUCCGUGGACAAUUACGAUCUAGAGUAUCACGAGCAGGAGAACAGCCAACGGACAAUGUACAACCGUUUUUCACCCUACAGCUUGAUGUCCAAAAAGCCGAAUCCGUAAGACACGCACUUGAAAUUCUCGUCGGUAAGGAUCAGGUAGAAGGAUUGACAUGCAGUAAGACGAGACAACAGAUAGAGGCUUGGAAACAGGUCACCUUAGAAGAACUGCCUGUUAUCCUCAUAUUACAUCUAAAAUGGUUCGUGUACAAGUUCGAUAAGUUUUCCAAUGGCUGCUCCAAAAUAUUAAAGACCGUGGAAUUUCCAAUCGACUUGAAAAUUGAUGGCAAAUUUUUAUCACCGAACACUGUGAAGAAGUUGGGUCCCAAACAAAAACAAUACAAAUUAUUCGCGGUGACCUAUCACGAUGGGAAGGAGGCCACCAAAGGACACUACUUCACCGAUGCCUUCCACGUGGGAUAUGGAUCGUGGGUUAGGUAUGAUGACAGUACAGUAAAGAGCGUCCCAGAGAGUAACGUAUUGAGGCCCACGUCACCUAGGGUACCUUACUUACUAUAUUACCGAAGGUGUGACACGAUUGGUAAUAACCAGUCAAAUAGUGCAAAAGCACAUUGAAAAACUUUGUAUAGAAAAUUUAUUAUAUAGAAAAAAAGCUAUGUUCCAUUUGAGAUGGACAAAAAAAAAUUCUUUUUACAAUUUCAAAGUUCUUGUUGAUAUUUAUAACUAAAUAGAAAUCUAAAUAAAGAGAGCUUUUAUAUUAUCUACAAUAGCGUGGAAAAAGUAGACAUGUAUUAAACCUGCUGUACUUCCAUGAAAUAUUUCUAUUAAGAUUGUUAUUACACGUUGUAUACAUAGUUCCCUUAAAAUCAUGAAAUAAAGGUAGGUAAUGUUAAGGCUCGUCAAGUGUUCCAAUCUGGAUUCACAGUUUCUAGUGAAUCUAAAAAGCGUUAUAUAUAUUAAAUGCUUUAUGCGUUGCCGUUUGCGAGAUAUUAGAGUGUCUUUUGUGUGUGCGUGUGUGUGUGUAUAUAAUUUUUCUUUCUGAGUAAGAUUAUUGUAAAUGUUACUGGUUUUCCAAUUUCUUUAUGAAGACAAACAAAAGAGCGUGAGAAAAGGUUUUGAAGUUUGUAAGUGUGUAUAAAGUAUACAUAUAGAUAUUAUGCGUAGGUUAUUUUUUUAUAUAAUCCUCCUGCACAGUGGAAAUCAAUUCCAACUUGUCAGUCAUUCUUCAAUAUCAUAAUUUUUACAUUUUUAAAAAUGUGUUUGACAUAUAUUAAACAUACAUAUUUAGUAAUAUGUGUUUAAUAUAUAUGUAUUUAAUAUAUGUAUAUUGCACUUCGCCUUCAAAAGACACUUGAAAACAAGUAUGAUAUAUAUAUAUAUAUAUAUAUAUAUAUACACACGUUAAAUAUAAACAUACAUACGUUUUUAAAUUAUGUAGAACAAAUUAUACGCAUGCAUUUUAAUUAAAAUCUCUCCAUAAAUUUCUUUUUCAUUAAAUAUAUAUGUAUUUAAAUCAUUUCAUUGAAUGAGAAAAACUGGCAAGAUAAAGAACUGAAAGACUUAUCAGGAAGAUUGUGUAUACAAUUAUUGAACAUUUUUUGUAUUUAAUCUUUCCUAGAUAUAUAAUAUGGUCGCAUAUUAAUUCUUAAAACUGAAGUGUUCAACGUGGCUUGUUUUAUCAAUUACGUUUAAAUUGUAUUGUGUUAUAUGAUAUUUUGUUAUCUUAUAGUCUGAUUAAUUGUUUGCCUUCUACGCAAAUAAAAUGCCAUUUAUUUGCGGCACAAUUUUUAUUGUUAAAUAACAUUUCAAAAAAUCAGAAUUAUACAAGUUUUAGUUCUCUUAACUAGUACAAUAUAUAUACACACAUCCAUUAUAUAUCUAAGUAUAUAUUUGUAUAAUAUAGAACUAAGAAAUAUCCUAAGUUUGGAAUCUAACUUAUAACGCAUUAAACGUAAUACCUCUCAUUUAUUUCCAGUUUUGUAAAUAAAUAUUUAAAGUUUAUAA